AUGUCGAAGUGUUGGCUGCCCAUCGAAAGCAACCCCGAUGUGAUGAAUGCAUAUCUGAAAAGUCUUGGUGUAACCAACCCCAAGGUGGAGUUUUGCGACGUCAUAAGCAUCGACCCUGAAAUGUUGGGCUUUGUACCACGACCCGUUCGUGCCAUGAUACUUUUGUACCCUAUUUCACCUGAAAUGGAUGCAGAGGAUAUUAAGACGGGGGUAAUGCGUGCUGCUGAAAUAAAGGAACUAUUGAAUAAAAAGGAUUUUUUUUUUCUAGACAAACCGUUGGGAACGCUUGUGGUACCAUGGCCAUUUUACAUGCAGUGA